AUGGUAAAGCUACUGUCUUGGGGCGCUGUGUGCACCUCUGCCGCUCUGGUGGCCGGUGCGACCGCCGAGAAUGCGGAUGCCGAGUAUGACUACGUGAUUGUCGGAGGAGGUCUCACCGGCCUCGUCGCAGCGGCACGUCUGUCCGAGGAUGCUGAUGUAUCGGUUUUGGUCUUGGAUUACGGCACGUUCGAUCGCAGUAACAAGACGCAGAUACCGUACUAUGCCACCGUGAUCAGCACGUCCGGGCCAAGCAAUCUGCGCGACAUCCCUUCCGUCCCGGAACCGGGUCUAGGCAACCAAACAUUCGGCGUCAGGGUGUCACAGGUUAUCGGGGGCGGGUCGCAGGUCAAUGGAAUGACCUGGGACUACCCCUCGGUCGCCGACAUCGACGCAUUCGAGGCUCUAGGGAACCCAGGCUGGGGAUGGGAAGGCUUGAACCCUUACAUGAGAAAGUCUGUGACAUUCACAGCGCCGAGUCCCGAGAUUGAGGCCAAGUACAACUACUCGUACGACGUAUCCGCAUGGGGCCAAGAUGGGCCUGCGCAAGCCAGCUAUCCCGAGUGGCAAGCCCCUGACUUGUACAAGAUUAUCGAAGCUUUUGACGAGCUUGGCUUGCCAUUUGUGGAGGAGCAUGCGACUGGAAAGGCUGUGGGUCACUAUUGGGCCCCGUCGUCCAUAGAUCCCGCGAACAAGACACGCUCCUCUUCCUUGUACGCGUACUACGACAAGGUGUCCUCCCGCAGUAACCUCAAGCUCCUGCCCAUGCACCAGGUCAGGGAGAUUCUCUUCGACGACACCACCGGCAGCAACUCAUCGCUUGUGGCGACUGGUGUCAAGGUCCUGAACCGGUCCAACAACGACACCCUGGUGUUCUCGGCGAACAAGGAGGUGAUCCUCGCGGCCGGCGGCGUCUUCACCCCGCAGCUCCUCCAGCUGAGCGGCAUCGGGCCCAAGGCCGUGCUCGAGGCAGCCGGCGUCGAGACCAAGAUCGACUUCCCGGCGGUCGGGAGCAACUUCCAGGACCACCCCGUGGCAUACAUCAGCUGGACAGUGAACAACACGUUCCCUACCCCCUCGGAGCCAUCCACCAACACGUCUUUCUUCAACGAGGCCUACGACCUCUACCACCAGAAUCAUACCGGGCCCCUGACAAAGGCACAGGCCACCUACAUCGCAUUCCCCUCUCUGGGUAUGCUCACCAACGCCUCCGCGUCCCUCGUCGACGCCCUCGAGGCCCAGGACCCCACCGCUCACCUGCCCGCCAUCUACGCCGACAACACCGCCCUCCAGGCCGGCUUCGAGCAUCAGCGCACCGUCCUGGCCGCCGACCUCCGCGCCGGCACCGUCGCCGCCGCCGAGCUCCCGGCCGCGGGCGGCGGCGUCAUGGCCAACGCGAUCAUGAAGCCAAUGUCCCGCGGCACCGUGCACCUCUCCCCAUCGGACCCGCACGGCAUCCCCGACGUCCUCCACAACGCGCUGGUGAACCCCUUCGACCGCUCCGUGCUGCUCGCCUCCGUGGGGUACACGCGGCGGGUGUACUCCAGCGAUGCCACCGCAUCGUUGGCACCCGUGGAGGUUGUCCCCGGCGCGGGUGCGACCACGGAGGAUGCCGUGGUCGAGGCGCUGCUGGGCGCCGGCUUACUGAACCCGACGUUCGCGCACCCCAGCUGCAGCUGCCCCAUGAUGCCGCGCGAGCUGGGCGGGGUUGUGGACCCGGAGCUGAGGGUGUAUGGGACGGAGCGGUUGAGUAUUAUUGAUGCGAGCAUACUGCCUGUCAUCCCGGCUGCGCACUUGCAGGCUACUAUGUAUGCUGUUGCUGAGAAGGCUAGUGAUAUUAUCAAGAAGAGGGCGUAA